GGACUGGGCCUGCCGGCGGGGGCGGGGCCUGCCGGGAAGGGGCGGGGGAACCGAGAGGAGCCGGGCGGCCGGCCGGCUGACAACCCGACCCGCGGACCGCGACAGCGGGACGGGCCGUGCCGCCGCCAUGACAGAGCAGACCUACUGUGACCGCCUGGUCCAGGACACGCCUUUCCUCCUGGGCCGGGGACGCCUCAGUGAACAGCAGGUGGACAGGAUCAUCCUGCAGCUAAAUCGCUACUACCCCCAGAUCCUCAGCAACAAGGAUGCACAGAAGUUCCGGAACCCCAAGGCGUCGGUGCGCGUGCGGCUCUGCGACCUCCUGGGCCAUCUGCAGCGGAGCGGCGAGCGGGACUGCCAGGAGUUCUACCGGGCCCUGUACAUCCACGCGCAGCCCCUGCACGGCCUGCUGCCCAGCCGCCUCGCCCCGCAGCAUUCCGAUUGCACAGACCUAGACUCAGGCGCCAUGGGCCACGAGCUCAGUGACAGGGGACCCGUGGCCUUCCUGGCCUGCCUCGGCCUGGCUGCGGGGCUGGCGCUCCUCGUCUACUGCUGCCCUGCAGACCCCAAGGUGCUGCCGGGGGCCCGGCGCGUCCUGGGCUUCUCGCCCGUCAUCGUGGACAGGCACGUCAGCCGCUUCCUGCUGGCCUUCCUCACGGACACCCCGGGGGCGCUCUGACUCCCCCUCCACGCGGGAGAUGCCCCCGCAGGCCGCCACUUCUUUUCUAAAUGCUUGUUUUUCACUAUUUAUACUUUUUAAAGAAAGUUAUCUUCACCUGACAAAGGUGCUCGACAUUAAAUGUUGGAGCCUUGUCACUUCU